ACGGCCGUGGAAUUUAUGCGCCAUGUCCAGCCACCAUUCUCUCCAGACUCCAGUCCAGUACUGAAGCCUCCGGUACGUGCCCGAUCGUGCAUAUAUAAGCCGCAGCUGCUCUCAACCAAGCCGCGGCCAGCACUGAUUGACACGCCGCGGGGCGACAUGGCAAGGCUCCUCCUUUUCGCCGCCGACCACACCGCCGGGCAGCCGGUGGCGCCGCUCCUUCUUCUCGUCGUCGUCGUGCUGGGCGUCGCGGCGGUCGUCGUGUCGCUCUGCGCCAGCAGCACGCACGAGAAGCUGUGGGGGCAGCGGCGCGGGUCGCCGUCCGCGCCGCUGGCCAAGGCGGACGACAGCGGCGUCGUCGGCGGGAGCAGCCGGAAGCGCCUGCUGUCGGCAACGCUUAGCGGGAUCGGCGGCAAGGCGGCCAGGAUGGUGUCGUGGAACCGGCGGUCUCCGUCCGCGCCGGACGGUAGCGACGGCGACGAGGAGGAGGAGGUGGCCGCUCUGGGGAUGGAGGACGACGACGAGGCGGUGUGGAGGAAGGCCAUCAUCAUGGGGGACAAGUGCCGGCCGCUCCAGUUCUCCGGCCACAUCGCCUUCGACUCCGACGGCAACCAGCUGCCGCCCCCGCCGGCGGCCAUCAAGAAAGCCGGCCCCCACGUCCACGCCGAGAAUUAACCAACGUCGCCAUAGAUCACCGGUGGAUUGAUGCUCGCGCGCGUCGGCUAAUAAUAUCAAGUCAAGUCACGCCUUUUUCUGCUCGAUUUUGAUACGCCCGCGACGGCAAAGGGUUGACGCGUCCGGUGUAGGCACGCACACAAGCGUGUAGCAGUGUACAUGUACUGGUAGUACUACUCAUGUCGAUCGUGUCCAUAUUUCUUGAAAAGCCUUAAUGCGACUGUUGGACAAUAAGUUUUCUU